UUCUUUUUUUUUUUUUAUUAAUAUAAUAUUUAUCUAAUUAAAGAUUCGCUUGUAUCCCAAAAAUGUUUUAUGUUGACUCGCAGAGAACCUUGACACGACGCGAUAGUUCUCUGACCGUACAGAAAAAAAAAUCUCAAGCUGGAGAGGACAAGUUUAAUUAUGAAACUAUAUCCACUGCGCGAGGACAAUCUAAUGCCCACCUUAUAUGUGAAUCUGCUGUUUCACUUUCAAUCCGACCCAAAGGUUCUGUACAACGAGAACUGGUAACAAUGAUGUUCGAAUCUAUGUUGGAUAGCAUUGUCCAGUCAUGGGAGGUGAUCAGUCAGCAGAAACCCGAAGACAGUACACCUAACUUGGAAUUUGGAAAAACUGUUAGUGAACUAACAUUCAUUAGCAAAAAGAAAAAACCCAACGUAAAACCGUCUAAGACAAAAAAAAGUAGAUCUAAAUUGGAAAUGCUUGAUGGUGGACAGGUGGACCCCAUACAACAAACUUGGUGGUCAUUGCCGGACGAAAAAGCGGUUAUACGUUUUCGAAAUGGAAAUGUUUAUGAAGGGAAUAUUUCAAAGAAAUGCAUGCACGGCGAAGGCCGUUUUCAAUGGGCUGAUGGAACUGUCUAUUUGGGUCAAUUUAAAAACAAUGAAAUGAAUGGAAAGGGUUUGAUACAAUGGAAAGAUGAUACGUGGUACGAGGGCGAUUUUGUUAGUAAUCUUCGACAUGGCAAAGGAUUGUAUGUAGACUCGCGCAAACAACGCUCUUACACUGGUGGAUGGCACUGUGGUACUAAGCACGGACAGGGAGUCAUAUACUAUUCUAAGACAUUCAAAAAUUCUUACGAUGGAGAAUGGAUCUAUAAUGUUCGUCAUGGUUUUGGAUCUCGGGAAUACUGUGCAAUGAGCGGUUAUAAAGGUGAUUGGGACAAAUACGUAAGAGAUGGUAAAGGAUUAAUGAUAUGGCCGAAUCACGAUUUUUAUAAGGGUGAGUGGAAAAACGGUGUUAUGUCUGGAUAUGGCAUUUAUAUUUGGGAUGCUUGUUACAACAAUUCAAUGUCAUUACCAUCAAUUAAUGCUUACCGUGGUUCAUGGGAAAAAGGUCUUCGAAACGGUUAUGGAAUUUUGAAUUUAGGUUUAGGUUUGGGAUCACAUUAUAAAGGAGAAUUUAAAAAUAACAAAAAACACGGUGUAGGAAAGUUUGUCACUAAUAACGGUAUGAUACUACAAGACAAACAUUUGUUCUUUGAUGAUAAUAUUGGCGCUAUGUCAUUCGAUAAUCAAGAAGAAAAAACUGCCCUUUACGAACAAAAACGUUCUCAGCAACAAGAACUUUUCAAAUUUGAUAUAUGUGAUAGUACAGUGGGGCUUAUCUAUCAUGUAGAACAAGCUCUAAAAAAUAUAGAUAAACAGCAAGAUAUUAGGGCAAAUAUAAUUUAUGAAUAUAUUGAAAACAAUAAAGCACUUGAAAUAGAUAUUGCCGGUACAACACACAAAGAUGAUAUUCCAUAUCAGCAGAGUGACAAUGUUAUUAAUUUUGAUGACUUAAUAGAGUUUGAAGAACUUUCUUUAAGAAAAUCUCUCAGAUGUUAUGAAGCAGAUUUAAAAAAUAUUUAUUAUAAAUAUGCGACAAUAUGCAAUUCUGAAGAGAUACAUUUUACGCCUGUUCUUAUACGGUUAUUUUUGUGGCAACUGUAUUUUGAUUGCAAUGUGCACGAAAAAGGAUUGACACUAGUAGAGAUAGAUGUUUUGUUUUAUCAAAAUCCAGAAUGGCUAGCUAGAUCUCCUCAUAAUCCUUUCGAAAAAAUUUAUUUUUGGCAAUUUGUACAUAGUUUGAUAUCGGUUGCUAGCAAAUUAUAUGCCAAAAGGCAACUUCCAGGCAAAAAACCUGAUACAAUUUUAGCGAGCGCAUUUAGGACGUUCAUGGAAAACGAUGUAUUAUUUGGCGCUCGUGUAUGCAAAGGGCGAUUAACCAACGGCUACGGAGCGUACCUACCGCUAAAAGGAUUAUAUAAUCUGUACCUUAAACUUGGAGAGCCUCAUACAGUUCGGAAUUUUUUAUGCGCUAUACGCCAUCCAUCUCAUUACCUAGAUUUAUCACAACCAGCUCUUAUCGAAGCACCUAACAAGCAUUUACCUCUUGGCCGCAAUGCUUAUAUUUUUGGAGAUGAAAUGAUAUUUAUAACCGAUAAACAAUUAUCCUAUGAAAAUGAAAAUACUAAUAAAGAUGACGUUGAGCUCAGGCUGUUCAAUUUUGGAAAUUUAUCGAGUAAAACUGUCAUAUCAAUUUUUGCACGCAUUUUUCCACAACUCCGUGAAAAGGACAAAAUAAUGAAUUUAGAUAUAAAUAUUACUUUCUUUGAGUUCUUUGAAGCCUUUGUUACUUGCACAGAAGAGAGCAUUCGUAUAAAAGACGAAGAAAUGCGAUGGCGCGAGAAACUUUCUAAUGAUGUUAUAAAUAUAUAA